UCCAGGGAUAUUUGAGGCACCAUCCCUGCCGUCGCCGGGCACUCGCGGCGCUGCAGGCGGCCUGGUCACAUGCUCUCCGGGAGCUCCGGGAGGGCGCCCGGUAACCUCUAUCCAGCCUCGGCCGCGAGGAGGAGGGAGAAGGCGAGCGAGGAAAGUGGGAGGAGGAGGGGAAGCGGUGGAGGAGGAGGAAGGGGGGAGGGGAGCACAAAGAUCCCAGGUCUCCGGGCGGGAGGUUUACCCGAGGACGAUGUGUGCCGAGCGGCUGGGCCAGUUCGUGACCGUGGCUUUGGUGCUGGCCACCUUUGACCCGGCGCGGGGCACCGACGCGACCCACCCGCCCGAGGGGCCGCAGGACAGAGGCUCCCAGCAGAAAGGCCGCCUGUCCCUGCAGAACACAGCGGAAAUCCAGCACUGCCUGGUCAGCGCUGGCGAUGUGGGCUGUGGCGUGUUUGAGUGUUUCGAGAACAACUCGUGUGAAAUCCGGGGCCUGCAUGGGAUUUGCAUGACUUUUCUGCACAACGCCGGAAAAUUUGACGCCCAGGGCAAGUCCUUCAUCAAAGACGCCCUGCGCUGUAAGGCGCACGCCCUGCGGCACAGGUUCGGCUGCAUCAGCCGGAAGUGCCCGGCCAUCAGGGAGAUGGUGCUGCAGCUGCAGCGGGAAUGCUACCUCAAGCACGACCUGUGCGCGGCCGCCCGCGACAACACCCGCGUGAUGGUGGAGAUGAUCCACUUCAAGGACCUGCUGCUGCGCGAGCCCUACGUGGACCUGGUGAACCUGCUGCUGACCUGCGGGGAGGAGGUGAAGGAGGCCGUCACGCACAGCGUGCAGGCGCAGUGCGAGCAGAACUGGGGCAGCCUAUGCUCCAUCCUCAGCUUCUGCACCUCGGCCCUGCAGAGGCCGCCCACGGCGCCCCCCGAGCGCCACCUGCAGGCGGACCGGGCCAAGCCCUCCCGCGCCCACCACGCGGACGCGGGCGCCCGCCUCUCGGAGCCCAGCAGCAGGGAGACCGGCCGAGGUGCCAAGGGCGAGCGGGGCAGCAAGAGCCCCCCGAACGCCCACGCCCGGGGCCGAGCGGCCGCCCACGGGGCCCAGGGAACUUCUGGGAGCAGCGAGUGGGAGGACGAGCAGGCCGAGUAUUCUGACAUCCGGAGGUGAAACCAGAGGCCUGGCCGGGAGACCGUUCCUCCACGCCGUCCAUUUUCUUCUCUGUGGACAUUCCAGAACAUUUGCCAUUACAGAGGGGGAUGCCCCGCGCAGGAUCUGGAGGGGACUGCGGACUGGCUGCAGGUGUGUGUUGGCGGCAUGAACAGGUGCGGUGGAGACUCCCCAGGCGGCGGCGAGGUCCGGCGGGGCCCACACUUGCGCCCUGAGAAGCGAGCGCGCCACGUGCGCUCCCCGUGGCUCUGUCUUCUCUCCAUCCGUGGAGCACUGGGUGCGACCUGCGGCUUCCUGACCUGCGGCUUCCUCUGCCGGGGGCGGCGGUGGGCACCCCCACACACACCCCACCCCCUGGGGCUGGACCAGGCGCUUGGGAGCAGCGGAUUCCAGUGCAGGAAUGGACCUGAAGAUCUCGCAGGGGCUGAGCAGGGUGGAGAGGAGGCAGGGGCCGUGUGGGUGCCGGUGCCAAAUGGAAGUGGAGUUUCUUGCAUGGGACCUGGGGGUCUGGAGCUGCUUUCCGGGGGGAAGGCGGGAGGGCGAGGGUUCUCAGUGUACCUUCUGAGCCAUUGUUCUGACUGGGGCACCCUGUCAGAGGGCGGGGCCCCUGUGUGUGUGUAUUUUAACCACUGCUUCGAGUCUCGAUGUCACUUUUUAUUUAUCUAGUUACAUCUACAUAUCUGUCAUCUAAAUAAAUGGCUUUCACACCAA